GGUACCUCUGCCCUGUGGUAAAAGUGCAACAAAUCGAUCGCGAUGGGCCAUCAGGACGUGUGGGACUCCCACAACAAGACUCACAGCAAGGGCGGCCGUAAGUGCCGUGUAUGCUCCAACCAGUGGGGCCUGAUCCGCAAGUACGGCUUGAAUGUCUGCCGCCAGUGCUUCCGCGAGUACGCCAAGGACAUCGGCUUCAUCAAGUACCGGUAAUUUUGGGACGGAGUCAGGAUGCAGCAUAACCAGCAGCAAUCUUUGUUGAGCUGAGAAAGCAGUUGGGAGGUGUUGGAACUUGCGCUUGUGAUCACAGCAGUGAUGUACUCAGUAAUAGCGCCUGCCUUGCCUUGAUGGGGACAGGUUGUUCUCCUGAUUAGGGACGCGCGCAUUUAUCCGCAUGAAGAUAUGCAAUGAGCCGCAAGCUGUAACAUGCCAAUGAAC